CGACGUUUCACGUUCGCUACCGCCGAUCAUUGCGCAAGAGCGGCAUGCCAUCGUUCUCGAAUCGGUGCUUCCAAUACGUCUUCUAUGUAUCGUAUGCCGUGACACAGUGUGGCAUCAUAUCGAUGCGUCGCGGUGGCUUCCUCUUCGUCACUAUGGCGUCUGCAAUAAUUGCGUACUGCGGAACCGUCUUUGUCCGGUGCGUGGCACCCACGAUUGCAACCACUCCGCUGGGUGUCUAUGCAUACGAUGGCGCGUGUGUGUUUCUCGUCGCGAACAUCAUGUACAACUACAUCUUGUGCCUCAUCACAAACCCAGGAGUGAUUCCCAUCCGCCGCCUCGACGACGUGAUGGAGUUCAACCACGACGAGUCGGACGAGGAUGACGGCACGACAUUCACGCCACCCGCCGACAUCCUCCUCCUCCCGUCCGACCAUCAUCCGAACUGGACGUCGUACUGCCGCACAUGCAAAAUCACGCGGCCGAAUCGCGCGCACCACUGCUCCAUCUGCCAGGCUUGCGUCGACCAGAUGGACCAUCAUUGUCCGUGGCUCAACAAUUGCGUCGGGGCCAACAACACCAAGUACUUUGGGAGGUUUCUCGUGUGGAUUACAGUCGCAUGCUGGUUUUGCUCUGUUUUCAGCUUUUCACCCGCCGUAGGCAGUGUCAGCAAGCUGGAAUUGUCACAGAUGGCGCAUGUGCUGAGCACCAAUAUGUUACUCUUGGGCCCUCAAGCGUCCAUGUACGCACUGUUUCUCAUCACGACGUCGUCUGGAGUGCUCUUGACAUUCCUCACCGCUUGGCAUAUAUAUUUGAUCCUCACUGCCCAGACCUCGAUUGAAUAUCAAAUCAAUCGGUCGAAAGCGUCCCUGCGUCAACGCGGUGGUCGUGUCGAGUCGCCCUAUGACCAAGGCAGCGCCCACGCCAACUGGGAACACGUGUUUGGAACAUGCAGGUUUAAACUAUGGGGGUUACUCCCUGGGUGGCCACGACCCGUUGGCAUGUCUGUGUCCCCAAAACCCAAAGAAACCAUGGUGUAAUAACACCAUGUGAUACUGUAUAAAUGCUAAAGUUAUGGUGACGUGCGCACGAAAGUCAAUGCUUGCAAACCCUAUUUAUAUGACGGGGUCCAGUAGCUAUGGGGCUACAGUAUGCAUCUGUUUAUGUACAGUGUUGAUUAACUGUAUUGCGCAUGUCCUUUUAUGUCAUCGUCGUGCCUUCGUCGACCUUCGCCAAAAUCGAAACUUGUUGGACGUGGCUUUCACGGCUGCCGCUGCGACAGAGUCGACGGUCUGUAUCGCAUUCUGGUUUGUGUUGACACUGUGGUGAUGUCGUCGCCACGUGCGUUGGAUCGUUCGCGCCAAACGUUCCUUUUCAACGACAUACGCUUCGUGUGUGGUUUGCAAACAAUCAAGAAUCGGUCGCAUCUUGGGUGCAGCGUCGCCCACGUUGAGUUUCUACAACAUAUCAAGAGCGUCAGGCACGCAAUAU